AUGGUCAAACUCCAACCAGACAAUUCUCUUGAGGUCACAGGGAUUUUUGACCGGGACGGGGCGGUCUUUGCACCAAAGUUCGUGAACUGCGAGCCAUCUGGGUGGCUAUGGGCCUACAAUGUUGAUGACCAUGUUGACGAGGAUGGCUCGCUGCCUUGGCCAUAUGAAGUUGAAGGAGCCAGUAACUUGCCUUUCACACCGGAGCAACAAGAGCUCAAGCUUCUCUUCGAGGAAUGUGCUGGACCUGAGUACUCGCGUCUGGCGUAUGACGAGCACUCUCGACGCUUGGCUUAG